GCCGUACCGGCGGUCACAUGACACAACCAGGAAGUGACUCUCUAUCUUGCUGUAGCCAUGGCACCAGAUCCUUGGUUGUCUACUUAUGAUGACACGCACAAUCUGGCUCAGGAGAUUGCCGAGAAAAUUCACGAACGCAAUCGAUACCUGAGAAAUGGUGAAAAUCCAGUUAAGCUGAAUGUAAGCCUGAGGUCGCUCAUGCAGAACCUAAAAGGGAAGAUUGAACAUCUAAAGGAAUCUUUGCUCAGAUCGGUGUCUUCACGACGAAUCACACAGCUAGAAGGGGAUCGAAGGCAAAACCUUGUGGAUGAGCUGCUCACCAAAGAGAGACAACUUCAAAUGUUGUUUAAAAGUGAAGGAGUAGAACCCGAUGUUGUCAGAUCCAGUUUGAUGGCUGGUGGUAGUGGAAGAUCGGCCCGUCAUAACCCAUGGGCCGUGGAAGAGCCGGAGGAGUUUCAAGGUUUUGGGUCAGGAGAUCUUCUGGUCCAGCAGCAUCGUAUUAUAGCAGAACAAGAUGCAGGUCUAGAGGCUCUCUCUUCGAUCAUCGCCCGACAGAAACAGAUGGGUCACGAUAUCGGAAAUGAGCUCGAUGAACAGAACGAGAUUAUCGAUGACCUGACUAACCUGGUGGAAAAUACAGAUGGUAAAAUCAACAGGCAAACACGUAAUGUAAAACUGGUGGAUAAGAAGUCUGGAUCUUGUGCCAUGGUGGUGGUGGUCAUUCUUCUCCUCAUUGCCAUUGUGGUUGUGGCAGUUUGGCCAACUAAAUAAUGUGACCUGGAAGAACAGCCACCCGUGGAGCGAUCAGAACUGCUACUAUGGCAAAAUAGAUGUUCAUCUGUUCUGACUGGUGAAGAGGCAAGUCCAUUAUCCAACCACGAAAACCAGACACAAUUAACUCAGGGACUCCAUCACAUAAAGACCCUACAUCCAACUUGACACUUACUAAUGCGUAGUCCCUCUGUUGGUUCCUACUGACCCCUAAAUUCAAAACAAACUUUAUUUGGAUGUCAAUGCAGAAAUAUAACACUUUUGAUUUCCACACUAAGAGGUCAUCACCUCUUUUCCCACUUCUCCCUGUGGAUGAUGAGCUAAUCGUGGACCUUACUCGAGGAAUGAUCACCGUUUGCUGGAAGAGGAAAUUGGGUACUCGGUCUCCCUGGCAGAGAACGGGUGUACAGUCUGUGUCCGAAUGGCUGUAAAGAUUUAGUAUGUUUGAAAAUAACAUAUAUGGUGUGUGUAUAAAUAUCUACAGACUCCGCAGCCCCACGCCCUAUUAUUUGCAGACCUGCGUGACACAGUUCCCUGAAACCAGCUGUUUGUUUCUCUCUAAUGGAAGCUAUGUGAUUUAAAUCAUGUUGGCCUUGCAUACUGGGGAAAUGAUUUGAAGCUGUUUGACACAUGAAAUAUGCGCGUCGCUCUCGGUUUCUUGAGCACGGACAGCGGCAGCUGCAAAUAACGCCUGUAUUCUGAAGGCAGGAAGGAUUUAGCAUUGCUGCUGGUACUUAGAUGGUUAACACCUGAAAAAAUAAAUCAAUCCAUAAGGUGUAUAUUGUAAUUUAUUUGCCAAAUAAAGUUGAUUAUUCGUGUUA